GUCCUGGUUCACAGUGCAAUACCGUAGAAUGACUUGUUUAAGGCCCAUGGGCUAGGAUUGAUACAUUCGAUCAACUGAACCAAAAAAAAAAAGUGGCCGACACCGAUUCAGAUCGCCGGCGGAGUUUCAGAUCUCAUCCACCUUACGUUCUCCGAGGAAAGUAACAUUUAGCUACAAUUCUACGCUUAUGUUCGUUGACUUCGAAAACUGAUAGAUAUAAGUCAAAAUCCCUUUUCUCUAUAUCUCUCACCUUGUUGCAGAGACCUUUUAUGCUCCUGAAAAAUUUCUGAACAAUCAGAUUCGAAAAUGGCGGACGCCACAGGAUCUGAGAUGAAGUCAGGUUCCUUUAUGUCAGAGAAAUCCGCCAAGAUCUUUGUCGCUGGCCACAGGGGAUUGGUCGGAUCCGCCAUUGUCCGCAAGCUCCAGGAAUCGGGUUUCGCCAAUCUCGUCCUUAGAACGCAUUCGGAGCUUGACCUCACUAGCCAAUCCGAUGUCGAAUCCUUCUUUGCUACAGAGAAACCGGUUUACGUAAUCCUCGCUGCAGCUAAAGUGGGUGGGAUUCAUGCCAACAACACAUACCCAGCUGAUUUUAUUGGUGUCAAUCUCCAAAUCCAAACCAAUGUGAUCCACUCUGCUUACACACACGGCGUGAAGAAACUCCUCUUCCUCGGCUCCUCUUGCAUCUACCCCAAAUUCGCACCUCAGCCAAUACCCGAAUCUGCUCUUCUCACCGGUCCGCUCGAACCGACAAACGAAUGGUACGCGAUCGCUAAGAUCGCAGGGGUUAAGAUGUGUCAAGCUUACCGGCUUCAAUACAAGUGGGAUGCAAUCUCCGGUAUGCCUACGAAUCUUUACGGUCCAAACGACAAUUUCCACCCGGAGAAUUCUCAUGUGCUUCCUGCUCUCAUGAGGAGGUUCCAUGAAGCUAAAGCCAACGAUUCUGAAGAAGUUGUGGUCUGGGGAAGCGGAAGCCCGUUGAGGGAGUUCUUGCACGUCGAUGAUUUGGCUGAUGCUUGCGUUUUCUUGAUGGAUCAGUACAGCGGAUUCGAGCAUGUUAACGUAGGGAGUGGUGUGGAAGUGACGAUCAAAGAGUUGGCUGAGUUGGUGAAGGAAGUCGUUGGGUUUAAAGGGAAGCUUGUUUGGGAUUGCACUAAACCAGACGGUACACCGAGGAAACUGAUGGAUAGCUCGAAGCUCGCGUCUCUGGGAUGGACACCGAAGAUCUCUAUUAAAGAUGGUCUUCGCCAAACUUAUGAUUGGUAUUUGGAGAAUGUUGUGCAGAAGAAACAGUAAAAUAAAUAUAAUACAGGUAAUUGCGGUUAUUUAACCGCGAAUUAUAUUUUGGUUUUGGUUUCAUGUUUCUAUGUAAUGUAACUUUAUUUGUUUUCCUGAAUUCAUUCACGGAGCAAGUAUUUUUUUUUUUUUUAAUAAAUGUGUUUACCCCGCAAGUUAGGCAAACUAUAUUGUAAUAACUAACUAAUGCUGGAAUUAUCAAUAAUUGAAUAGCCUCUUCGACUUUAUC